AGGUACUAAAAAUGAAACAAACAACGUUUUUAUAGUUCCAGUAUUUUAUUUUAAGUUCUUAUUACCAUUUAAUUCGCUAUAAACACGAAUUACAAAACGCGGAAAUCGAUAUUAUGCGCGCGCAAUAUUCAAAUCGAAUAUAUCAUUUUGCUGUCAACAAUUUUGACAGUUCCCAUUACGUCACUUCUGCAUCCCGGUGAUUGGCGCCUGGCGGUGAUAACUUUCGGCCCCCGUUUCCUUGGCGGUCGAUUGUAUAAACAAAAAAAAAACGUCAACAAAAGUAAACAAACCAGCAGUCAUCAUUGAUUCCUUCAGGAAAAUGUCUAAAGUUACUAAUGUUAAUUCAAGUCUGGCAUAUGAAAUACUUUUGUAUUUAAAUAGUUUUUACUUGGGGAUGUUUUUCGUAUGUGAAGUGGCCAUGGGCAUUUUAAAAGCUAUUAAUGUGUCUUAUCCAGAAAACGCGUUGCUGACGGAAGCUGGUAUAUUCAGUGCUUUAUGUCUCGUUGAAGUAAUUCGUAUAUUUUUAGGGCGAAGAGGAAAUCUAGCUAGUAAGAAGGUUCCAGUAUUUUUCUCAGUGAUCCUAACAAUUCCUUCUGCAGUUGGUGUAUGCUACUUUUUGAUCUACCAGACUUACAUUCUGCGCUUGGAAUACAUAUGGUGUGCAGUCAUGUUAAUGUUCCAUGCCUUGGAGCUGGCUUUUGCCAUCCUCUUCAUUUUCACAGUGUGUAAACACCAACAGUAUGAAUAGAACAAGUUUAAGAGCACAUCCCUGCCAAAUAGAUACUGAUGCCAAAUGUUUCGAGUGUUGUUUUAUUAUUAGUGAAAAUUUACUCCAAAAAAGGGCUUCAAAAUUAGUGUUUAUUCUAUUAGUAAUCACUUGAAUCCAGUGUGGAUGUGCCUCAGUAGACAAAAACUAUUAACUCUCUUAGGAUUACUCAUUGAUGUACCAAUUUACUAAGAUAUAAUAUUAGAAUGUUGUUCUUGUUGUAUUAAGGUAAUAUUGUAUUUUACCACUAAGAAAUGUGUAAGACACUUUUAUACUGCCUAACUCUAAUGUAUAACUGAGAGUGUUUUUUUUAAGCUUGAAUUGUCUAUUAUAUAAGUAUACUCCAAUUGUACUAUUUCUAGUAUUAGUGCCUACUUUUUAUAUUAGAUUGUCUAGUGUUGAUUCCUAUAAAAUAUGGUCUAGAAUUUUUCAACCUUUUUUUCCUAAAAUGAACUUGUGUGAAAAGCUCAAUUUUAUAGUU